GCUGACUCCAGUCCGUGUUUUACCACUGGAGAGACAUCUGUGGCGCGUUUGUGAAACAAAAGGAAGUCGGCCAUCAUUGCCAUUACAACCGCGGGAUUGAAUUUUAAAAUCCAAUACUGAAGCACAUGAAAUUACCAAAACAGCCUAUUCAGGAUUACUUUCACAAGAACAUAUUUCAGAUGGAAAUGACACAGAGGCCAUUUUGAGCGCUGAAAGAAAAACUCAUGCUCGCGCAGAGGGACUUCCCUCCAUUCGGGACCAUUUGGGCCCAGUUGUGGCCCUAGCGGACGAUGUACCGAGCUGGCGACAGGGACUAUCAAACCUCGGCGAGGAGGAUGGGCACCUCCCUAUUAUUCCAGUUGUCCGUCCAUGAACGAGAGUUGGACCUGGUGUUCCUGGACCAUAGUUAUGCCAAGCCAUGGAAUGCGCAUCCAGAUGCCAGCAGUGCCCGUCCCACUCGGAUGCUGUUCGUCACACCUCGGCGACAGACUGAAGCCACUGUUGAGUCUGAUAUAUCAGUGGACGUGGAGACGGUCACACCCACUGCGAUGCCCCUCUAUGACAAUGAGAAGGCACGGGGUGUGAUGAACGAGUGUGAGCGGCAUGUUCUCUUCGCCCGUACUGUUGCUGAUGGACCCCCGCCACCCGAUGACUGGGAGGAGCACAUCAACAAGACUGGGUGGUCAAUGGCCCAGAAUAAGCUCUUCAACAGGGUGCUGAAGGCUCUGCAUGUAGAGCGACUUGGCCGUCUGGCCAAUGAGAGUGCCUGCAACGAACCCGUGCUGAGGAGGAUCGCCGUGGACAAGUGUGCGAGGAAGGUGCGCCACGCGCUGGCCAGCGUCAGCUGGGACACAAAGCUGACCCAGUGGCUGCACAGCACCCUGGUGGAGUCCCUCAGCCUGGCCAUGCUGGCCGCCUACCUGGACGUGUUGCAGACCCUCAAGAGCAAGGUGCCCUCUCUCAUCGACCGGAUGCUGCUGACCUCCUCGGUGAAGACGGGGGCGGCCGGGGCUGAGGCACUCUCCCUUCUGCUUAAGCGCCCCUGGGACCCAGCAGUGGGGGUGCUGUCCCACAAUAAGCCAAGUAAACUUCCUGGAUCCCCUCUGAUCCUGAUUGCACCAUCAGGGCCAACACACCCAGCCUUCCCUACCUCACGCAGAAUGCGCUUCUGGCAGUCCCAGCUUUCCUGUCUGGGCAAGGUCAUCCCCAUAAACACCCAUGUUGUGAGCAGCGGAGCAAACAUCGGCAUCACCCAGUGUCUGGAGCAUAUGAUCGGCGCCGUCAGAGGCAAGGUCAUGGAGGUUCACAGCCAUUUUCCUCACAAGCCUAUCAUACUGGUGGGGUGGAGUGUAGGAGCCCUCAUCGCCACCCACGUGUCGCUGAUGGAGUAUCUGACUGCUGUGGUGUGCCUUGGAUUCCCACUGCAAACAGUCAACGGUCCCAGAGGGGACGUGGAUGACCCUCUGCUGGACAUGAAGACCCCAGUGCUGUUUGUAGUGGGCCAGAAUGCCCUGCAGUGCGGCACGGAGUCCAUGGAGGAGUUCCGCGAGAAGAUUCGCGCCGACAACAGCAUGGUGGUGGUCGGGGGAGCCGACGACAACCUCAGGAUCAACUCAACAAAGAUGAAGACGGAAGGGCUGACUCAGACCAUGGUGGAUCGAUGCAUUCAGGAUGAGAUUGCAGACUUCCUGACGGGCGUCCUGACGCGAGCCGAUGGUCACGGUCACGGCUCCGGGGAGAUGCGGGACCUCGACACAGAGAAGAAGAAGAGGCCACGCCGCGAACUGCCCUUUGACCUGGAGCGCACCCGCCCUUCCUCCCCAUCUGUGCGAGUGCCCAUCUCGCCCUCCGGCUCAGAGGACAUGUCCAGUGUUUGCAGCAGCCCCACCUCCAGCCCCAAGCCCAAGACCACAGGCCUGUCCCCGGCCCAGAAGUCCAGCCUGAUCACGGCCACCCAGUUGCUGAAGACCCACAUGCAGCGCUCCGGGACGGUGCUCACACACAAGCAGGCACAAGCUCAGUUUGCUGCUUUUAUGAAACAAAACAUGCUUGUGAGGAAAAGCCUUCCUCCUGGCACCCCCUCCUGUCUCUUCGUCCCCGUGUCUAGUGAGCAGUCGGAGAGUUUGGAUCGAGACGACCUCCGUCUGCAUCUGAAGCGGAGGCAGACACCCAGCCCCACGCCCACCAAAGCCUCCAAGAGGGCCAAGAUCAAAGUCACCAUUGUGUCCCAUGGCGACGCGGGGAGUGCGGCCAUCAGUUCGGCUCAGGAAGUGGGCUCGUCGGUCAAACCGCUCACCGUAACCAUGGGGCAGGGAGUGUCGGGAGCAAAGGAACUCUCUGGCCUGCUCACCGCACAAAGGUCUGGUCUGGCUGAAGUUUCCGCCGCCCUGAGCUCCAGCUCCAGUUUCCACAACAUCCAGAGCUGCUCGUCCUCAUCUGUCCAGGCCGCUGCUCCCACCACCAGCCAGGCUCCCUCUGCCAGUAGUCUGCUCCAGGGCCUGAGUUUCAGUCUGCAGGAGAUUGUGACCAAGUCUCCCAGCCUCCCCUCCACGGCGGCCAGUGUGGCCAGUGGCACACAGGUCACCGGCGGAAAGGCCCAGGUCCUGGGCCCGCUGGGCGCGGGCAGUGGCACCCUGGUACGGGCGGUCCCCGUGGUCUCCACGGGCACCGGGGUCAGCAAAACCACGGCCAUCCACCAGCUCCUCACCAACGGCGGCCUAGCCAAGCUGGCGAGUAGCCUGCCAGGCCUGGCGCAGGUCUCCAACCAGGCCGCCGCUGGGUUGAAGGCCCCCACCACCAUCACCGUGACGCUUCGAGGCCAGCCCAGCAGAGUGGCUCCUUUCGGCCAGGUGGCAGCCAUCCCACCCCCAGCCAGACCCCCUACCAACAAGCCUAGCCAGCUGAUCACUCUGUUCCUCUGCAGUGACGAACACAAGCUUUAAAGCCUGUGUCCACUAACGCUGACGCGCAAUCUACAGUGACCAAGGUCAGCGCAUUGGAUCAUCUCAUAGGACCAGCUAAAAGACGAGAGACCAGGGAUGGCUGUUCAUCUGCCAAGUCUGUUGCUAGCAUUGGCAUAUAAGCGGGCCGUGUUUGACCUUCCACUAAGACGUUCUCCCGAAGUUAUCACACUGGAUACUGGGGUGGGGGGCAUCUUGCCGCUGCUCCUUGCUGUUUAUCUCAAGACCCAAAGAAAGGCCGGUUGGUCCUGAGGCUGGCUCUUUUGACCUAGCUUAUAAAGUAUGCUUUACCAUGCUAACACCUCUAAGGGCGCCACGAAGAGGAAGCUUUACGUCGUGCCUCUGAUAACAGUGACAUUUUUUUUGUAUGUAAGCCUUUUGAAUGCAAGACCUUUUGCUGUUGCACUGUAUGACUCUCGUUACCAUGCAUUUAAUUUCGUGUUCUACUGUGUUGACUAAAACUUGACUAAUCAAUGUGAAAUCUUUGGUGGGUUCUAUUGUUCUACUCUAUGUGUAGGGUUAUCUUAUUUACUUCAGUUGAAACCCCAAGGCAAAGGAGAUGGUACGUUGACGCUUGCAUUAAGUCACUGCUACUGACCCACCUGCUGAAGGUUAAAGGAAUCAAUUAUUGAAGGAAUUAAGGGUGUUGAGCUUGAAUCGAAGCAAAGUUUUGAAAGGCACAUUGCUAGCUCAUCUUGGCCUUGUGAACUUUUCUGCGAAUCAGUCGCAUGUCCCCUGACACCAGUUACCAUGUGUUGACCUUCAAAGUGCCUCUGUAUGAAUAGUUUGGAAUACCCUGUUACAUGACAAAUAAUCCAAAUAACCAUUCUGUAUUUUUGUGUUUUUAUUGCUAGUUGGACUUAAAUGCUUUUUGUCACAAUGACCUGGCAAGUCUACUUAUGAAACAGCCUGUCUAGUUAUGAAACAGCCUGCUUAUGCUUAAAUUGUAUCAUUAAUAUGAUGGUUCGACUUCAGUGACACACAACUUCAAAUUAAAAUCCACCUAUACAGCAGUAAAGAUCAAAGAAUUAAAUUUAGUUAGUUGAUCAAGUGGAUGCGUUAAAGAUUUGAGUGUCAAAUAACCUUUUUAUUGCAUUAGUUCUUACAACAGCGCAUUCUGAUUUUUUUUUAAGAAAACAGGUGCAGUCUUAAUUAGCUCUGAAAGUUAAAAGUAAAUACACGUAUUUGAUCGUCAUACAAAGUCUGUAUUGGACUUUAAAGGCCAGAAAUGCUUUGGGCUGUACUCUUAUGUCUUACAAUCGCAAAGUAUGCAUUGGAUUUGAAAGGGCAGAAAUGCUUCGGGCUAUGCUCACCACUAUACAAUCGCAACAUAAUCAAACAACCCACUCUACACAUUAAUAAUGCAUGUAGCUGUCAGGCUGCAUAAUAAGCCGUGGGAACAUAACACUUCAUGCUCUAAUUAGUUUUUCUGUUGUUGCAAAAUUCUAAAACAAAAAUCCACCUGCAAACACAUCACAAAAUACUGAGGGCACAGUGAUGGCUAAACCCUCCACUGUCACUCUGUGUCCCCUCUGCGAGUUCGAUUUGUAUACCACAGGUUAAGCCUUGUGCUGGCUUUGUAUCUUUCCACAGAAUUAAUUUACCACUCUGCUUAGUGUCAUGUUUUUGUUUGUUUGUUUGGGCCUCAAGAGACAGUAAUAAAAGCAAGUGUUAUGAAUAUUGCAGUUGAAUGCACAAGGAUUUAUGUUCAUGUUAUUAACUGUGUUCACUGCAAAACAUGUGAAAUUGGCAAUAAAAAAAAUAUUUUAAAGAUUCAAA